AGCUGAUAGAACAGAAGAGCUGCAAACCAAACCUCAGGAAAGGAUGGAUCAUGCAGCUGCCCAGCUGGAGAAGCAGCACGUGCACGAUGUGUAUGAGAGCACCGCUCCUUACUUCAGCGACUUGCAGAGCAAAGCCUGGCCUCGUGUCCGCCAGUUCCUCCAGGACCAGAAGCCUGGCAGCCUCAUCGCUGACAUAGGUUGUGGAACCGGAAAGUAUCUUAAAGUGAACAGCCAGGUACAUACCCUGGGCUGUGACUACUGUGCGCCAUUGGUAGAGAUUGCCCGGAGUAGAGGAUGUGAAGUCAUGGUAUGUGACAACCUUAAUCUCCCCUUUAGGGAUCAGGGCUUCGACGCCAUCAUCUCCAUAGGAGUCAUACAUCAUUUUUCUACAAAACAAAGAAGAAUCAGAGCAAUAAAGGAAAUGGCCAGGGUCUUAGUUCCUGGAGGCCAGCUGAUGAUUUAUGUUUGGGCCAUGGAACAAAAGAACCGGCACUUUGAGAAGCAAGAUGUGCUUGUUCCAUGGAACAAAGCCUUGUGCUCCCAGCCCCUCUUGGAAUCCAACCAGCCUGGGAGAAAGAAGCAGUGCGGGCAUCCAGAAAGAAGCCAUCCCUACCCCCCUCCCUGCUCUGCGUGUCGCUGUCCCGUUUGUUUUAAGGGGCGCUGUGAUUCGAGGCGGUCCCGCAGCGUGGACCGUGACUCUGCUCUAGCUGGCACCUGCUGUGCAAAUAUUUCCAAGGAAGGCGAGGAAGAAAACGGAUUCUAUAACACGCUGGGGAAAUCUUUUCGAUCCUGGUUUUCCUCUAGAUCUUUGGAUGAAUCAACUCUGAGGAAGCAAAUUGAAAAAAUGAGACCCUUGAAAAACACAGAAAGUUGGGCCAAUAGCGCGAUAUCCACCCAGCCUUCAAGACACUCAAGUUUCGACUUAGAUCAUCCAGAGGCAUUUUCGACAGGAGAGCGACAUUUAGAUGAGGAAGUGUUUGUGGAGACUUCUCAGAAACACCUGGAAUGGCUGAGAGCGCCCGCCACACACAAACACCUAAAUGGAGACCAUCCAAGAGGCGUGAGGAGAAAUGGAGACGGGAAUUUUCUGGGUAGCACCAAUACCAGGGAGAAUUGUACGGAUGCAGGUAACUUAGAAGAGGGUACCCCUUCUGCUAGUAAAAUAUGGAGGAGGAUUUCUGCAGCUGAUUCCAAAGAUUCCAACCCAGGUGACACCAUUUCUGUCGAAGAACAACAGCCCGACAUUUUGGAAUCUGGUGCCUUUAUGCGCUAUUACCACGUGUUUCGAGAAGGCGAGCUCUAUGGCCUGCUGAAGGACAGUGUGUCAGAGCUCCAUAUUCUGAGCUCUGGGAAUGAUCAUGGAAACUGGUGUAUCAUUGCGGAGAAGAAGGAAAGUUGUGAUUGAUCGGAUCAUUUCAGACAUCUCCUCCAAAAGAUGAACCCCAUUCUUCUCACUGGGUCUAUGGUAUGGUCCCCUGAAUGGGCAUCCAAUUUCGUCAUUUGGUCUGUAUUGAAUCCAUUUAUAUUUUGGUCU